CUGUUUUUCAUCUGUAUCCUGGUUCCACAAUCAAUGAGAAUGACCGCUUGAGAGAGAAAGAGAGAGAGAGAGAGAGAGAGAGAGAGAGAGAGAGAGAGAGAGAGAGAGAGAGAGAGAGAGAGAGAGAGAGAGAGAGAAAGAGAGAGAGAGAGAGAGAGAGAGAGAGAGAGAGAGAGAGAGAGAGAGAGAAAGAGAGAGAGAGAGAGAGAGAAAGAGAGAGAGAGAGAGAGAGAGAGAGAGAGAGAGAGAGAGAUCUGACUCACAUGAGAGAGAUUAAGCGCGAGAGAGAGAAAGAGAUAGAGGAGGGAGGGAGGGAACAAGGGAGGGAGCAACUAGCACGGUGCCAGCGCGCCACCCGCCUGCGCGCAACGUAUCAACGCAGCAUUUCACUAACUACUGUGGAGACACUCGCACGAUUCGAGAAGGGUGUGAAGCGAACCGACACAGGGUUCCUGGCAAUAGCAACAGAGGCGGAGAACGACAGGGAGAGAACCUCGGAACCUCCAGGAAAGAUCAAGGAAUUAUUGAAGGAGUUCCAAGAUAUCCUUCCGGACGAUCUUCCGAAUGAGCUACCGCCAUACCGAACGCAGCAACACGAGAUCGUGGAGGAACCGGGUUCGAAGCCGACCUUCCGAGCACCAUAUCGACUCAGCCCUACGGAGCUGACCGACAUGAAAAAACAAAUCGAGUAUCUCCUAGCCAAAGGACUCAUCCGACCAUCCACUUCGCCGUACGGUGCCCAGGUACUCUUCACACCGAAACCGGACGGAAGCCUGCGCAUGUGCAUCGACUACCGAGCUCUUAACAAGCAGACCAUCAAGAAUAAAUAUCCAAUACCGCGAAUCGAUGACCUGCUUGACCAGCUUCGGGGAGCUACAGUAUUUUCCAAACUGGAUCUGCGGUCCGGAUACUGGCAAAUACGCAUGGCGGACAACUCUAUCCACAAAACUGCUUUCCGAACUCGGUACGGAUCGUACGAGUAUUUGGUAAUGCCAUUCGGACUCACCAACGCACUGGCAACGUUCCAAGCCAAAAUGAACCACAUUCUACGACCACUUUUGGACGAGUGCGUGGUGGUGUACCUGGACGACAUACUCAUCUACUCGCUCGACAUGAAGCAGCACGCCGAACACCUGCGACGCGUCUUCGAAAUUCUUCGACGAGAACGAUUCUACGUCAAACUGUCUAAGAGCGAAUUCGCCCUUGAAAAGGUUCAGUUCCUAGAACGCAUGGUGAGCGCUCAAGGAGUUCACAUCGACCCCAAGAAAAUCGAGGCCGUACGCACGUGGAAGACACCCGAGAAUGUGGAGGAGUUGCAGCAGUUCCUAGGCUUCGCUAAUUACUACAACAGGUUCGUGCCACAGUAUGCGAAAAUCGCAGCACCACUCACGAAUCUGCUGAAGAAGAACACGCCCUACAAAUGGGAGCCGAAGCACCAGGAAGCCGUGGAGCAGCUGAAGCAAGCACUUACGUCCGCACCGGUAAUCAUUUUGCCAGAUUCCGAACGCGACUACGUCAUCGAAGCUGACGCCAGUGACCAAGCAGUGGGAGCAGUCUUGAUGCAAGAUCAAGGGAAUGGGCUGCAACCCAUCGCUUACCUAAGUAAGAAACUGCACGGGGCAGAACUAAACUACCCGAUACACGACAAAGAGGCCCUGGCCAUCAUCAUCGCUUUCAAAGCGUGGAGAUGCUAUCUCGAAGGACGAAGAACAACCGUCUACACUGACCACUGCAGCCUGAAAUACUUGAAGACACAACCCAACCUUUCCAGGCGGCAGGUCCGGUGGAUCGACUUCCUCGAGACACACUUCCACUACGACAUCGUGUACAAGCCAGGUCACAAGAACAAAGCAGACGCUCUCAGCCGGCCUGCACACGUUGCCGCUAUUCAGGUCGAAGGGAUGAAUCCACUACUCAAGGGACUCUUCACACACGGGUACGCCACCGACCCCGAAAUUCCCUUAGCAGAAAAGCGACAUCUGUUACAGUGGGACAGUGACAUCGCGUACCGGAAAGGAUCCACGAAAAUCUGGGUACCCAAUUACCCUCCUUUGCGCCAGUUACUACUCGAAGAAUACCACGACCUCCUCUACGCCAAACACUUCGGUAGCAACAAGACGCUGACCGGUAUCGCAAAGCACUACUACUGGCCCCAGUUAGCAGAAGAUGUCCAGAAAUUCGUCACCUCGUGUGAUACAUGUCAGCGGAUGAAGAGCAGCAAGCAGAAGAAGGCGGGACUACUGCAGCCUCUUCCUGUCCCAGAACAACCAUGGCAAGUGGUUAGCCUGGACUUCAUCACCAGGUUACCACCUACCUCCAGCGACCCCAAGUUCACCAGCAAGUUCUGGAAGGAACUAAUGUCUCUCCUCGGGACCAAACUCGCCAUGUCAUCCGCUUACCAUCCGCAAACAGACGGACAGACCGAGCGCCUCAACCAAAUUGUUGAGCAACUCCUCCGAGCAGCCUGCAAGGACGAGAUCUCCAAAUGGGACUUGCACCUGCCCGUACUAGAGUUUGCUUACAACAAUGCUACACAUGCCGCUACUGGACAGACGCCGUUCUUCCUCUGCUACGGACGCCACCCACUCACACCACAAAAACCGACAGCAUCAGCUACAUCUCUCAGAAUUCUAAAAUUUACCAAUCCACUUACCUGCCUCAGGCGCAGACCUGAGCUCCACAUGCUUUCCAGCUCGGAGAAGCGGGCCCUGGUUCUUCCAUUAGCGCAUCGUGUGCCUCAACGGCUCGUUGCCGCGCCUCUGCCGCCAAUUGCGAUUGCCAGCAGAGAUCGUAGCGGGAAAGCGUUCGGGUGUGCCAUAGCCAGUGGCAGUGCGAGUCUGCCGCGACUCCUGCGACGCACGUGUACUAUUCGUCGUCCUGUCGAGCACACAGAUUCUCCAGCCCCAUUUCCCUCCACAAAUCCUCCCCUUUUCGCCAAAGCCGAGCAUUUACUAUAUCCCGGCGUCAAACGCGCCAAUAGCUAUCGUUCAGUCGCGAGUCACCGACCCCGUUCCACCGGCGUCACCGCCGCUCACUCUCCCGCCUCGUGGGACCUCGCCGCUGAUUCCGGCGCCCUCGGGCUCGGCGCGCAGAUGGAGGCAGUGUACUGGGUGGUGUUCGCGGGGCUGCUGGCGCUGUGCGUGGGGCUGGAGGCCAGCAAGGGGCAGCGCGACCGCGUGCCCACGUCGUCGGCGUUCGAGGCGUUCAAGAACAAUUACCUCGUCAUCUACUGCCUCAUGAUGGCGGGCGACUGGCUGCAGGGCCCGUACGUGUACGCGCUGUACCAGCACUACGGGUACGACCAGACGGCCAUCGCGCGGCUCUUCGUGGCGGGCUUCGCGUCGUCCAUGGUGUUCGGCACCAUCGUGGGGUCGCUGGCCGACCGACACGGUCGUCGCAAUGCCAGCAUAACGUACUGCCUGGCGUACAUUCUCUCGUGCCUCACCAAGCACUCGUCCGAGUACCCCGUGCUCAUGGCAGGCCGCGUGCUGGGUGGCAUUGCCACCUCGCUGCUCUUCUCCGCCUUCGAGAGCUGGCUCGUGGCAGAGCACUGCAAGCACGGCUUCGACCCCCAGUGGCUGUCAGUGACCUUCUCCAAGGCCGUCUUCCUGGGCAACGGACUCGUGGCCAUUCUCGCGGGUCUACUAGCCAACACCCUAGUGAACAACCUGCACCUGGGGCCAGUGGCGCCGUUUGAUGCCGCGGCCGUGCUGCUGGCGGUGGGCAUGACGGGCAUCAUGAGCACGUGGGGGGAGAACUACGGCGACACCAAUGAGAGCAAGGGGCUGCUCGUUCAGUUCCAGUCUGCCGCUGCUGCCAUCCGAGCAGAUGAGAAGAUCGCGCUGCUGGGCGCCAUCCAGUCGCUGUUUGAGGCCAGCAUGUACACCUUCGUCUUCCUCUGGACGCCCGCCCUGGCGCCGUCCUCACAGCGCAUCCCGCACGGCUUCAUCUUUGCCUCCUUCAUGCUCGCCUCCAUGGUCGGCUCCUCCCUCGCCUCGCGCCUCCUCGCCCGCGCAUCGUCCUCCUCCACUUCUUCCUCCUCUUCCUCCUGCUCCUCUCAUCCUCUGCUGCACGUGGAGGGGUACAUGCAGCUGGUGUUCCUGGUGGCCGCCGCUGCUCUCUCCGUGCCCAUACUCGUCCAUUACUACCUGGAGCCAGUGCCCCCUGAAACCACCAGCAUCACAGCGGGCGGGCAGGUGCAGCUGUUGGCGUUCUGCGUGUUUGAGGUGUGCGUGGGCGUCUUCUGGCCGUCAGUGAUGGCAAUGCGCGCGCGCUACAUCCCCGAGGAGGCGCGAGCCACCAUCAUGAACUGCUUCCGCAUCCCGCUCAACGCCUUCGUCUGCCUCAUGCUCGCUGAUGUGAGUGCGGGUGCCAUGACGCCCAUGUUCGCCAUGUGCUGUGCCUUCCUUGUCAUCGCUGCCGCGCUGCAGAGACGCCUCAUGCUGCUCGCCAGCAGACCAGGCGCACAUGCAGGAUACGCCCUUGUGAAUACUGGCAAGGACCCAAGCGUGGACUCCGAUCAAAGCGCAGACCUUUGAGCCAUGCUGUAGUUAACAGUCACGUCUGGUGUCAUGAUAUCUGCCAUUGGCUGGGUGGCUAUUGCACUAAAUAUAUAUUGAUGUACAUAUCGUAUAUGGUGCUGCUCGCACAUUCGCGGGUAAUAAACUGGAUACCGAAAU